AUGUCUGGACGAGGUGGUGGUAGAGGUGGCGCAAGAGGUGGCAGAGGUGGUGCCCGCAAAGGACCUCCUGGUCUGCCAUGGGAAAUCGACCCCUCGGUGCAAGUUCCCGAUCGACCUCAGGAAACCUACCCAAAAACACACAACCCUCCUCCUGCCUCCAAGCACCCUCUUACCGCAUCCGAAUCGCGCUCCGUACGCUACUUCGUCAAAGUCCGCCGCGACUUCCACAACUCCCCCCUCUACACGCACAAGUACCUAGCGCCCGACUCGACCGCAUCCGCCCACCUCUCCGACCCAGUGUCGCGUUCAUACGGCCAGGAACAGAUCAAUGCGAAAUACGGCGUUAAAAGUAAGGCCGCCGUUGAUCCAUUCACUGCUGUGCCUACAUACAGUCACCAGUUCGUCGAAGAGAGCCGAACACUGCCUGAUGUGACUGCACGACCACUACCCUACAUAAAGGAAUUCUUCCCCCCGGAGCUAUGGGGCACGAUUGACGGGCACGAUGGACCCAAGACCAAGGCUGCCGCCACGGCCAGAAAGGGCGUCAAACGGAAGUCUAUCGCGGUCGAAGAGGAUCCGUUGGCUGACUCGGACGAUGAAAUCUUUGCGAUGAUGCGCAAGCCCGAGACUGAGGCGCAGCGCCGCCGGCGGAUUGAGGAAGCUGCCGAAGGGGGUGGCGACAACGAGGACGUCGAAGGCGAUGUUGAUGUGGACGAGGAGGAACACGAAGUCACGGAGGACGAUGACUACGAGGAUGACGAAGAUGGUGGCGACUACAACGCUGAGCAAUACUUCGAUAACGGCGUUGAUGGCGGCGAUGACGACGAUGGGGAUGGCGGCGGCGAAGUCGAGUUUUAG